GAUGAGAUAUACCCAUCUGCCGGAUUACAGCCUAUACGCAGGCAGUGAGGCUUGUAUUCUGUUUGAAUGAGGAAAACAUCGUGUCUGCCUGUCUGAAAGCUGUCACAUGGGGCCAAAGAGGAAAAAAAAUCGCUUCCUGAAAUGAGCCUCGUCACAGGCUGAGUAUUGUUUUGUAUUGCUUUUCUUUUCUCUAACCAAACAUCGCGUUCAAAUUUCCGUCCGGAUCUUUUUUUUUUGUUGUUGUUGUUUGUUUGGCCGUGUGUCGGUACCGAUGAUGAUAAGCAAAGUUAAAAACGCGAUGUCCACUCUGGUGGGAGGGAUGAUGCCACACGGACACCACCACCACCACAACCAUCACUCAGGUGGCGGUCAGACCUGCGGACCGGACAGCCUGCCGCCGCGCUUCCCCUACGGCCGGCCGGAUUUCUUGGACCUCACCCCGGAGCUCCUGCAGUACUCCACCGAGCACGCAUCACGGCCGGUGCUCACGUUAAAGAGAGACAGCAGGCUUCCCUGGAGGACGGGAUACGCAGAGGUGAUCAAUGCGGGGAAGAGCAUGCUAAACGAGGACCAGGCCUCUUGUGAGAAGCUGUUUGUGAAGAAGCCGAGCGGCAAGCACCGCAACUCCACUCUGCAGGAGGACAAUGGGGAUGGUACGGGAAUUCCUCUCCACUUCUGGGGCGUCUUUGAUGGACAUGCAGGUUCUGGAGCCGCCAUCAUGGCCUCCAAGCUUCUUCACCGCCUCAUCAGAGACCGCUUGGGAGAAAUCUGCCACUUGCUAGAGAACCCCACCAGUGUUCCUCCUAUCUGCCUGGCCAAGAACGGCAGCCCGUACCAGGCGGAGACAAAGAAGGGAGCCGCACAGGAACCAGAGGACCCAGAUGCUAUCAGCGACUCGACAGUACGCUUUCACAUGGAAAAGGUUGUCAGCCUGGAGAGCCUGGUGAUGGGCGUCAUAGAGACCGCCUUUUCACAGAUGGAUGACCUAAUUGAAAAGGAAAAAACAUCGUAUGCCAUCUCGGGUGGGUGUUGUGCCUUAGCUGCUAUUCAUUUGAUGGGGAAACUCUACGUAGCCAAUGCUGGAGAUAGCAGGGCCAUAAUCAUAAGAAAUAAUGAAGUUAUUCCCAUGACUAAUGAAUUCACACCUGAGUCAGAGAGACAGCGGCUACAGUAUCUGGGCUUCCUGAGGCCAGAGCUCCUGGGUAACGAGUUCACUCACAUUGAGUUCCCUCGUAGGAUCCAGCACAGUGAGCUGGGCAAAAAGAUGCUCUACAGAGACCACAGCAUGACUGGCUGGGCUUAUAAGACAAUUGUUGAAGAUGAUCUGAAAUUCCCACUGAUAUAUGGAGAGGGAAAAAAGGCACGUGUCAUGGCGACAAUCGGAGUGACCCGUGGCCUUGGAGAUCAUGACCUGAAGGUGUACAACUCCAACAUUUACAUCAAGCCCUUCCUGUCAUGCGUCCCUGAGGUGAUGGUUUAUAAUCUGGAUGAAAACAAACAUGGCCCAGACGACGUCUUGGUCAUGGGUACAGAUGGAUUGUGGGAUGUGACGACGGACAGGGAAGUGGCAGAUGCUGUGUCAGCCUACUUAUCCUGCUGUGACCCCUCUGAUCCCAUGAGGUAUACGCUGGCCGCCCAGGACCUGCUGAUGAGAUCACGAGGAGUCCUUAAAGAGCGCGGCUGGAGGCUACCCAAUGAAAAACUCGGCUCAGGGGAUGACAUCACUGUGUUUGUCAUUCCACUUGCGGGCCAUGAGUCAGAGACAUGACAAGGUGCUGCAGCGACCGCUAUGACUUUGGGGUCCUUCCAAGCUCCUUAAACCCUGGACUGACGGAGGAGGGAGGGCGUCUGGGGCGGGAAAAGAAAACACCUUUGUCAUAGAGAAGACUCGGGUCUGAGCAGCACCUUCAUCAACCCACUUGACUGGACCGAGUCCCAGCCUGUUUCGCUUCAACCCAGUCAUGUAACAAAAGAUUUUCAGUGAUGUUAUAAGUGAAGUCACACUCUUUUUUUUUCACAGACCUACUGUUUGUGACGGUUGCCAGUGAGAAUUAAACUCUUGUAGUAUUUCUGUUUCCUGUUUAUGUUCAAGGCUGAACUGCUACUCAAUCCUUUAACUGGAUUGUUCAUUUUCAUGUCAUGAUCUAAAUGUGACUCUGUUUUGUAAAAAAAAAAAAGGAAAGAAAAAAGUCUCCUGCAGUUUCACAAUCAUGUCUUGUUUGCAGUGGAAUGUGUGCGGAAACCAAAGAGAUGCCGUUGUGGCAUAAGGAUGGAAAUCUGUAAAAAAAAAAAGAAAAAAAAAUCAUUAGAUUCAUGUCUGUACAUUAAAGAAGCAUGUAGGAAGUAAACCUUUUUCAGCACUGGACCCAAACAGAAUCAGUUGAGUCUUUAUUGCUGUACUUCCUUUCUUAAUGAUGAAUGAAUGACGACACCCAUGGCACUGUUGCACAUGCUCUGUAGUAGCCCGCUGAUUUGUGAUAUGUUUUUAUUGAAUGUGCUCAUAGAUGUUUUGUUUUGUUUUUGACAAUAAUGAGAACAGAGGGUUACACUUGUGUUUAGUACAACUAAGAAAUUAAUGAAGGAACACCAACAUUUGUUUCAUUUAACUACAUGUUUUCAUUAUUUAACCCUCGGAGGAGAAAGUAAUUUGUUGUCUCGGUAUAGUAAGAUGUGAUAAGCUUCACACAUAUGCCUUAUUAGGAAAUGAAAAGGGACUCAAGAGUUUUUUUCUUCAGAUGCACUAAAUUUGAUCCUUGUAGAAGUUGAAAAGAACAUUGUAUGCCCUUAAAUGUACUUGUAUACCUCUUUUGUACCAUUUCUGUUAUGUCAUGUUGUUAAUUAGAUUAUCCAUAUAUUUUUAAAGACAACUUUGGUUGUAAACAGUAUCAGAUAUUUUAUUUUUAUGUUUCUAUCCAUUACUGUUUGUUUAGAAAGAUGAUGUUUCCUAGAAUGUGAGCUACCAAAAUGUGAGGUAGAGGGAUAAUGUGUACCAGUUUAGAAAUAAAUCAGAUUUUUCCCAUUUG